AUGGCUGGUUGGCUCCCAGAUCCAAGUGAAAAGAGGUUUCCAAAAACAAGACAGGUUGGAUUUGAUCUUGUUCUUGGUUCAUAUGGCAAGCGGUUCCGAACCCGCAGUAUUGAGGUUGUUCGAUUUGUAGAGCUACUUGAUGAGGCCAAAUCUCGGAGCACAUCAGAACUACUACAAUGGGUCAUUGAAAAUGAUAAAUUGGACUAUUUCGGAACCUUAUCUUUGUCCUUCAGGUCUGGGUUACGUGACCCCAAGGGUAACUAA